UUUCACUUAGCAUAAUACCCUAUUGUUGAAAUGUCCAAACCAUGCAAAACGAUCUAUAGAUUGAGUGAAUUCUCUGUCAAGGAAGGUCUUACUACAAAAAAAUGAACACAUUGACUAAAAUCUCAGACUUUUACAGACAUGACUGGGCUCAGAUACCCUUGCGUCUAAAUCUCUGCUCUGCUCCUUUAUGGCUUGGUGACCUUGGCAAGUUCCUUGUUGUCUCUCAUCCUCAAUUUUCCCAUUCAUAAAUUUAGGGUAAUAAUACAUUCCUUAUGGAUUUUCUGUGAGAAGUACAUAAAAUAACUUAUAUGAAAUCCUAAAUAGGAGCUCAGUAGAUGAAAUAUUAUUAUUACUAAUAAACACUGUCAUAUUUUCUUGCAUACUGAUAUAAUUUGAAAUAUUUAACUUGUUCAUGGAAAUGAGUCUGCCUCAAGGAGUUUAAUUUCCAACCAUGAUUUUUAAAAAAUCUAUGUGAACGUUUGAGUUUCUUGUAAUAUUAUAUCUAGGACUCCAAAUUUUGUUCUCAGAUGAACCAAAGACUAAAAUAUCCUUUGUUAAUGGUGGAAAAUAAACAGCUUCUUAGGAAAUAAGACUUCAUCAUGCAAGAGUAUAUAGAUUUAUGUCCAGUUCUUUGAUUAAAAAAAGAGAAAAAGCCGGAAAGGCUUUUUCUCAAACCACUAUAGAAUAACUAUUAUGACUCUCCACUUUUUAUUUUUAUUGCUAGAUUAAAAAAGAUGACUCUGUACAAUGCCUACACCAGGAGGAUAUUUUUCUACAAAUAAGGGCCCAGCAUGACAUUUAUGAGAAAGCCAGGGUCCUUCUGUGCAAAACUGAUUGGUGCUCAGCCAGUGGGCUCCAAGGCAUUGCAAAUAAAGGUACCUUUUCCACUGGGCCUGAUCAGAAGCAGGGCAGAGUGUUGCCUCUGCCUAUGAAACUUCAGGAAAUGCUCCAACUCCUGUCCUAGCAGACUACAUCUGAGGUCAACAAAGAGAAACUGGGCUUUGAAGAUGAAGCACUUUGUUCCUCAAUUCCCUUGCAUCUUGGCCAUCUAUUGCUUCUGCAUGGUACAGAUUCCCUCUUCAGCUGCUGUAUUAGCUAUUCUCCCAAGUGUUGUGUCAUGCACCAAUGAGAUGAAGACUUCAUUUAAGUCAGCUAAAGAUUGACUGGCAUAGGGUGCCGCUGCGUGCUGGUAACACUCUUACCCAGAACCUACCCCUGAAGAGUCUGAUGAGGAUUUCCUCGACCUCUAGCUGAUCCCCCAGAUGGCUUGGAUAUCAUGCAGCUUGAGCGGCUGGCAUAUUGGGCAGCUCUUUCUAGGCAACCUAAGGAUGAUCAAGACAUAUACAAAAGGUUUUUAUUUCACUACUCCAGAACUCAGAAGCCGAUACAUCCAGUUAAAAGUGGGUUUCCUCCCGUGCACCCGUUAAUGCGCAUGGCUGCGCAGCUCGCCAACCGGAAGGUGAAAAGAUUUCUGCAACAGCGCGAGGCAUGGGGUCACAGCCAACUAACGGUAAGCCUGGGGGAUGCGGUUCCUAUUACAUUAACCUGUGCCUCAUUCACUCACAGGAUUCGGGGACUGCUGCAGUGGAUUUCACCAAGAAGGAUUACACUGCCACCUGGGGACGACCAUUUUUCCUUUUCAGGCCAAGGAACGGAAGAAACACUGAAGAUAACACCCAGUAGGACAGUCCAAGAAUUCAGUGGCAAAGAGAAACUGGAUCAGAUAAAGAAAUUGGGCAAUUAUUUUGAACACAUGUUAACUUUCUGUGAGAGAUAAAAGAUAAUUCUCUUGCUCUAUAUUCACUAGAAUAUUCAGUUGUAUAAAAAAUAAAGUAGCAUGGACACAAUAUUUUCAUUUCUUAUUGGGAAGCCUUGU